AUGGCUACAUCAUCUGCUACAGCUACUGUUCGAAUUUUACCAAAUAAUAAAGUUUAUCGACAAUUAUUUGAUGCACAAGUACAACUAAGUGAAACUUAUAAUCGAGUACGAGAAAAUCAACUUGCUAACCCUGUUAAUAUUACUGCACAUCCAGAUGCUACACCACUUGUACGAAAUAUUAGACCACAUGAAUAUCAAAAACAACAAUGGCUCUCGGGUUUACCAUUCGACAAUGAUCCAACCAUCAAUCCAAUAGCAAUAUUUUUUCGUGAUGAAAAAAACCGACGUCAAAAUGAAGAACAAGAAGAACUAGAAAAACUGAAACAAGAAGUUUUUAACUUACCUGAUAAUAUCGAACAUGAAAAAAUUGAAAAUGAUGAAAGCACUGCGAAUAAUGUUACUGAAAGAUUAGCAGCUACUCGACAAGUUAAAUUUAAUCAAUUAUGGAAUGAAUUAUUAGAUAAAAUAUCAGAAUUAAAUCAAAGUUUAUUAAACGAAUUAGAAGGAAUAACUCGAGAAUGCAAUAUCUUUUAUGAACAUGGCGAUAACGGUAUAGAGUGUCAAUUAAAAAGAAAAUUAUUUCAACAUUUUAUUGUAGAAAUUGUUGAUCAUUUACAAACAAUGAUUUAUCAAAAAGAAAUUACAAAUUUAACAAUUCAAUCAUUUGAUAGUGCCUUUGAACAUCUUGAUAAUCUUCUUCCACCACGACUUUCUAAAAUUCAAGAUUACUGUCAAACAAUUGAAGGACUUGAAAUGGAACGAAUUCGUGAAAUUCGUGACUUAUUUAAAUAUUAUUCUGAACGUCUUUAUAAAACCCAUCAUUUAUCAGAUGAAGAUACAGCUUCUCAAUUAGAAAAACAAGUGAAUGAAUUAAAUACACAAAUAAUUGAAAAUCGUAAAAUAUAUACUGAACUUGAAGCAAGAUUAUUAACAGGUGAAACUGAUCGUGUUCAUCGUUAUCGAGCUGAACUGAUCAAUCAUCAAAAUAAAUGGAGAGAUGCUAUGUGGAUUAUUCACAAACAAACUUGGAUUUCUAAAUUAUCUCAAUGUAAAGCAAAAUUACAACCAACAAUUUCAUCAACAUGUGAACCAAUCGGAGAAAAUAUUACUGAACAAACACGUCAUUUUGUUGAGCAUAUUAAUAUGUUAAAUACAUUUGUUCCACCUGUAUCAACAAAAGAAAAUGCCGAAAAAUGGCAUAAACAAGGUUAUGAUAUAGUAAAUAAUAUUGUUCAUCAACGACAAGAGCUUAUACAUCAAAUAAUGCAAAUCGUAGACAAUGAAAUAAGUAUAUUAGAACAAGAAUCUAAAACAAUUCAAGAUAAAGUACUUCAAACUCAAGUAUAUAAUACUGAACAAAUAGAAAUGGUUUUUGAACGAGACAUUAAACCGCUAUUUGAAGAACGAAAACAAUUUUUACAAGAAACAGUAAUUGAUCAAGCUGAAACAGUAUAUAAACGAUUAACAAGUUCAAUGUAUAAGAUGAUCGAUCGUUUAUUAGCAUAUAUUCAAACACCAGCUGAACAAUGGGAUGAUCAUCAACUUCGACUUGAACAUGUUACUGCACAAUUACUUGAUAUGAUGCAUGAAUGUCGACGACCACAUGAUAUUCAAAAUGAAAAAAAAUUAAUUAAACUUGAUGCAACAUUAGAUGAAAUGCGUAGUGCAUCAAAUGAAACUACAUUAAGUCGUCUUUUAACUAUAGCGUAUGAACAACUUGAUACAAUUAAAGCAAGUUAUGCUCAAUUUUAUGAUAUGGAACAUUCAAUUGUAAAUAAAUAUUUUGAUAUGAUUGCCGAAGAAGUUAAUCAAUAUAAAAUGAAAAUGCUUGGUUAUUUUCAUGUACGAGAGAAACCUAAAACUAAUGAUGAUGAUCCUAAUUUAUCAUCAUCAUCAUCAAAUGUUAAUCGACAAUUCUAUACAACAUCUUUAGCAGGAAUAACCUAUGAAAUUGAAGGUAUUACAAGUCAUGAAUCAGAUUUCGCACAAGUUAGCACAGCUAUUGAUGAUAAUGAAGAUGUACCAUCAACAGAAAGAAGUAGUCCUGAUGAACGAAAUCAUCUUGGAAGUGCAUCUUAUCAUCCUGAUCAAGUACAAACACAAACAUUCAUUACCGAAGAUACAUCAUCAAUAAUAGAAACAGAUACAGUUCCAUUUUAUAAAUCAUUUCAAAUACCAUCAAACCUUGUUCAAUCAAUUACGUCAAAUUUAUGUCGAGCUUUUCUUGAUUAUUAUGAUCAAUGGAAAGAAGAAACAGCACGACGAGCUGAAGCUGUUAUGUUUACAAAACAUGAUGAACUUGAUAAAGAAAUGGAUUUUCAAAUGCAUUUACAUGAACCAAGACGAAUACGUAUUGAAACUGAUAUUCAUAAUGUUCGAGCAGCUGAACUUGUGAUGCAUGAUGAACGAGUUGAACGUCAUAUUCGUGGUGUACAAGAAACAUUAGAACAAACCGAUGCUGAUUAUCGUCGAAUGUUAAAUGAAUUUUCAAAAUCAAUACUAACAUAUAAAGAUGAAAUAUUUGGUUUAGAACAAGUUUUUGUUAAUGCAACAACAAGUGGUCGUCUUUUAUCAUUACAAGAUCGUUUAACAAAAAAACGUGAUUCAUUUAUGGAAAACAUUCGAAUUUCGUUAAGAAAUUUUCGUAAACGUUUUGAUGAUUCUAUGCAAUAUUUACGACAAGCAAAUGUUAAAUUUCGAAAAUCAUUUAAAAUGUUUUCUGAUGGUGGAAAUUUUAGUCGUGAUGAAAUUGAAAUUUAUCGAAAAAAACUUGAAAAAACAGCUGGUCAAAUAGAUAAAGCUGAAACAGCUAUAUUAAAAGAAAUGGAAAAAUUAGAAAAAAAACAAUUAGAAGAAGCAACUAAAAUAAUGAAUCAAUUUCAAGAACGUUUUAAAAAUCAUAUGACAGAUUUACAAUUUAUUGAAAUUUCAAAUCGAUGGAUAAGUGAAACACAAGUGAAAAUUAAAAGUGAAGUUGCUGCUAAUAAUCAACAAUCAACUACAUUUAAAAAACUUGUUAUAUCAUAUCGAAAUCAAAUUGAUUCUAUUCUAAAUCCAAACCUUGACAAACAACCAUCAACAUUAGGUGAAGUUCGUGAAGUUUUUCAACAAAUUAUUUUAGCAAGUUAUGAACGAGCUCUGUACUUAAAAUGUCUUAAUAAUGAAUUAAUUAUACCAGCUUCACUGGUGACCACACUUACAAAUAAAGGAUUACUUUCAGAAGAGGAGUUGGUUCACGAUCUAUUGAAUGGUUCCAAUGCUGAGGAAACAACUAUAUCUCGAAGACCAUCGAGAAUAAGUGCUAGUGCUACCAGUAAUAUAGAUGAAGUUAAAUCAGUUAAAUUUGCUUCAAUAUCAUCACCUGGAAUGACAUCAUCUUCUAGAAAUAAAAUAGGUUCAGCUUCAUUGGCUGGUCUCACAGGUGGACAUGCAGAAGAUAUAAAUACAAUUUCAAUUAUUCGAACUCUUCUUCACAAAAGUGAACAACAAGAAUCGGAUGAAAUUGUUGAACCGGGUAUACCUGCUGCUUUAGGUAUAACUACACGUUCAAUAGCGUCUGCUUCAUCAUCACGUUCAUCACAAACAAAAAAAUCAAGUGCCAAUUUGAAAAAACGAAGUUCAUCUCAAAAAGGAUCUGUAGCUGAAGAAACAACACCAGCUGUUAGACGUGAUCGACCGAGUCGAGCGAAGACACGUGAUGAAAUCUAUGCACUCUAUUGUACUUUUGGCGAGAAACAACAUCGUGGUCAAGAUUUUCUAUCGAAAAUAUUAAAUAUUUUACGUGAAGCAACCGAAGGUUUACUUACUCAUGCUGAGAUCUACUAUAAAGAAAAAGGUCCUCGUCCUGUUACACGUCCUCAAGCAUUACGUGAAAAAUUUGAUGAAUAUGUUCAAACAAUGAUUGAAAAACUAAAAAGUUAUGAAGAGCAAUGUCGUGUUUAUCAUGAACACUCAAUCAAUGAAUUUCGUGAAAUGCUUGAAUCGAUUGAACGUACAUCAUCAUUAAUGGCUAAACUUGAACUAGAUGAACAAAUUCAACAAGCCGAAAAAGUUCUUAAUGAUAUUAAACAACAAUUUGAUGAAACACUUGAUACGAAAUUAAAUGAAAGUAAUGAAGAAAAAUUGAAAAAUUUUGAACAACUUCGUCCAACACUUGGUCAUCCAUCACGAAAACAUGAUUUAGAAGACAUAAAUAAUCGAGAAAAAAAACGUCAAGAAGAACUGCAAAAAACGAUUAUUCAAUUUCGAUCGAAUACAAUUGAAGAUAUUCAAACAAAUGGACAAGCAACAAUUGAUGCAUUAGCAACAAAUGCUGAACGUUUAUUAAUUCUUUUUGAUGAAAUUUUAACAGCUGAUGAAAUAACACGAACAAAAUUACCACCUGUAAAACAACCUCUUGACGAAUUAAUAAGACGUCAACAAGCAGGACGACCUUUGGAAGAUGUAGAACCAACACCUAUACUUGAAAGAAAGCCAGGUCAUUGGCCAGGUUUACCCUUACUGGAUGAUCAAUUGAAUCGACGACGCGAAUCAUCAAUGGCAGGAAAGAAACAUUCAUCAGCUGCAAGUCAACGACAAAAAACAUCAGCUUCUAUUGUAACACAAAAGACAACAUUACCUCAAAUGGAAACCAUAACACAACGUAAUCAAGCUUAUCAGAAAUAUAAAGGAGUAUUUUCUCAAACAUUAUCUGAAAUUGAAACUCGUUGUUCGACAAUCAUAGCUGAACUUGAUCGUCUUCGGUUACAUUGGAUUGCAUCCAUUGAAAAACUACAGCAAUUAAGAACAUGUUAA